GAGGGGAGGCGGGAACCGCGGACGGGCAUGCUGGAAUAAUGCCUUCGUCUUUGGUUCUAGAACCUCUGAGCCCCUAGCAACCGGGCUGCACGAGCUCUGCGCACGUUAAGGUGUUGAGAACCAGGAGCGGCGCCGCCCUGGCUCCCCUUUUACAGCCUUCCUCCCCAACUCCGACUUCCCGUCCCCCGCGACCCGAAAUAGGAGCCCCUAGACUUCCUCCUGUCCCCUCCUUCCCAGGGCCCCAAGGGCAUGGCAUCUACUGUCCAGAAGGAGGAAAACAACUGGUCACCUGAAGCCGCGCUGACCUCCAGCGGAGGGCCGAAGGCUUCCGUAUCUCGUUCUGAAGAAUCCCUGACUCGGAUCAGCACUGAACUCACGGAAGAGGCCUUGUUUGUUGCUCGCUGCCACAUGUACCCUGUGCCCCUCAAGAAAAAGACAAAAGACCAAGGGACUCAGAUAUCCAAACACGCCUUCUUCACCAGCUCUGGAGGCACAGACACCCGCUCUGACAGAAAUCGUACUCGUGCCAAGGCACACCUCUUGCCACCGGCUCAUGAAAAGAACAUUCCUCAAAAUGUCCCCCUUGGACGUCGCUGAACUCUUCAUGCUCAGAGGAACUCCUGAUCCUGAGCAGUGUCUCCUCUGAAGCCAGCCGUCUUUCAGAACCAUUGCAGGACGCCGUUCUCAGCCAGCAAGGACUCCACCAUGAAGAGAAGGCUUCAAUAAAGAGCCGGGGAAGCCCCCGCCACCCCCCAGCUGGUACUCCCGUG